AUGCAAAAACGAUUCUUUAUUGCAUUGUUAACUCUAAUGUUAGUUUAGACUAAAUCAGUAAUGAAAGGUGUUAUUGAAUUUACAGCGCCAAGUUGUUGUGAUCCUAUAAUUAGAAAGAUCACGUUUCCAGAUAAAUUUGCUGAUAUCCCUUAAAUUUUAGUAACGAUUAGAGCCAUAGAAUAUGAUGCAGGCCCUGUUGGAUUUUUCUGUUAGAUUUAAGAUGUGACUGAAUAAGGUAACUACAGAGAAUCUAUGUAGACUUUACAUUCUAAUUGACAGUUCUCCAUGCCACAUUAAAAGUUUUAGCCUAUGAUUAUAUUGCAAUUAAUUAAGAUGAGGUUGAAUUUGGAUAUUUUAAUGUUGAUGCACUUUCAAUGUUGAAGAAAGCAGAAGCUGGAGAUAGAGUCAUACCAUCUUUAUUGACAUUUAAAAGGACAUUUACUGAAGACCCAAUUGUCUAAGUAUUCUUAGUAGGAGUGGAAUCAUAAUCUAAGCUUAUACAGUUCGAAGUUUCUCCAUUAACUGUUUCAUUACAUGGAGUUUAAUUAAAUUUCAAGAAGUUCGGAGAGACUAGCGUCUAGAAAGUCUAAUUGGCAUAUGUUGCUACAUAGUCUAGCAAGGAAUUAGCAUAAUAAGUUACACAUACCGGGUAAAAACAAGCACAUAUUGAACCUGUUGAUCAUAAUGAGGAAUCUCACUCAUCAGAAAAAGCAGAAGAAACCAAAGAGUUCUUAUAAUUAAGAAGCAAACCAAAACUCAUUUAAAUAAAUGGUAUUAAUGGUCUAAGAUUUACAUCAUUGCCAGUCACUUUUAUGUGGUAGGGAGAUUAAAUUGAUCCAACUGCUUUGAAUGUGAAUCUGAGAAUCACUUUGGAUAAAGGAAAUUAGGCAGUCUUGGGAUUGUAUUAUUUCGAAGAGAAAGAAUAUAAGAAAUGUCCUAUUGUUUAUUCGAUGUGUAAUUACUAAGGAUCAAAAGUAUACUUAUGUAAGGAUGUAUCUGAUUUCAAUUCAAUCAUGAGAUUAGCCAAAAGUAUCUAUAUUCCAGAGAAAACAUCAGUGGUGGUCUAUUAAGAUCCAUCUUAUAGUGGAGCAAAGAGCAAGAUUACUAAGAGUAUACCCUGUAUAUCUGAUUGGUUCACUGAUGUGGCUGAAACAGAGAUGUCAGAUAUUAAAUAGUUUCUGUAAAUCAAUUAAAUGAAAAGACACAAAGAUUAGGAAUUUAAAGAAAUCCAUCUAGAUAAUUAAAAGUAAUUGAACAAGUUUAACAUGGUUUAACUACCACGUUGGAAUGAAGCAGGUGAUAAAAUUGAGGUAGUUUAAGCAAUCUUAGAUUCUAAUAGUCCUCCUGCCAAUUCCUAUAAACAAGAGUUAAGUAAAUUAUUCUCUUAAUUAUUUUAGUAUAAAAACUGAAUGAAGAAGAGGAAUCUUUUCUCAAAAAAAGACAAAUUUAUUGA